AUGUCGCUUUUCUCUCGCUCUUCGCGAUUUCUUGUUGGUGCCAUACGAAGUGCAUCGAAUGCUGCUCGCAGUCAAGUAUUUCUAGACGUAAAGAUCGGUGAUACUCCAGCUGGAAAGAUCACUAUAGAGCUAUUUAACGACGUUGUACCGAAGACAGCAGAGAAUUUCCGAGCUCUAUGCACAGGAGAGAAGGGUAAAGGGAAAAGUGGUCUUCCGCUUCAUUUCAAGGGCUCCUCAUUCCAUCGUAUCAUACCGGACUUCAUGAUUCAGGGCGGCGAUUUUACACUUGGUGAUGGACGUGGCGGGGAAUCUAUCUACGGUCACAAGUUUGAGGAUGAGAACUUCAAGCUGCAUCACACUGGCCUUGGCUGUGUCUCAAUGGCAAACGCUGGACCUGACACAAAUGGUAGCCAAUUCUUCAUCUGCACAGCUGAUACACCUUGGCUAGAUGGGAAACACGUUGUGUUUGGUCAAGUUACUGAUGGUAUUAGUGUAGUUAAGAAGAUCGAAGCCAUGGGAUCGCGAUCAGGUCGACCAAAAGAGAAAGUUACAAUUGCUGAUUGUGGAGAAGUUAAGUCUUCGGAGUAG